CAUCAUUUCACCACAUUUCCUCCCUCUUUGAUCUCCAUUGCAAAUACUCAACACAUACACCAAGUGUUGAACUUCUCUGUCUUACCCUACUUACAAUGGCCUAUACAGAUAACUCUAGUUUCCGGAGACCUUUGAUCCCCAGUUUUCUUUACACGGCUUCUUCCUCAUCAUUACCUUCAUACAGAAAUGUCAAUGACUUGGAGGAUACUAAUACUACAUUAUGUGAAUCAUCAACGGUGAAGAAGCCCUUUUUGGUUCCGGCACCAAAGGAGUCUUCAGGUAAAAUAGAGAUGUUCUCACCUGGUUAUUACGCUGCUUGUACUUUUGGAGGUAUUAUGAGCUGUGGUCUCACCCACAUGGCCGUUACACCCCUCGAUCUUGUCAAGUGCAACAUGCAGAUCGAUCCUGCAAAAUACAAGAGCAUUUCCUCGGGUUUUGGUGUUCUGCUCAAGGAGCAGGGUGUUAGAGGCUUCUUUAGGGGAUGGGUGCCUACCCUGCUCGGUUACAGCGCUCAGGGAGCUUGCAAAUAUGGAUUCUAUGAAUAUUUCAAGAAGUAUUACACAGACCUUGCUGGCCCUGAGAACGCUGUCAAGUACAAGACUUUGAUUUUCCUUGCUGGUUCUGCAUCUGCUGAAGUUAUUGCUGAUGUUGCUCUCUGCCCGUUUGAGGCUGUCAAAGUUCGCGUCCAGACUCAGCCUGGUUUUGCCAGAGGCUUGUCUGAUGGGCUUCCCAAAUUUGUUAGGGCUGAAGGAGCUGCUGGGUUGUACAAGGGGCUUGUUCCUCUCUGGGGACGACAAAUUCCAUACACCAUGAUGAAAUUUGCAUCAUUUGAAACCAUUGUGGAACAACUCUACAAAAAUGUCAUCCCAACACCAAAAGACCAAUGCAGUAAAUCUACUCAGCUCGGUGUGAGCUUUGCUGGUGGAUAUUUAGCUGGUAUUCUUUGUGCUAUUGUGUCACACCCUGCUGAUAACCUCGUUUCUUUCCUCAACAAUGCCAAGGGCGCAACUGUGGGCGAUGCUGUGAACAAGCUAGGCGUAAUGGGUCUUUGCACUCGCGGUCUUCCUCUUCGCAUCGUCAUGAUUGGUACACUCACUGGAGCACAAUGGGGCAUCUAUGACUCUUUCAAAGUUUUCGUUGGGCUGCCAACGACUGGUGGUGCCGCUCCACCUGCCCCUGUCAAGUGAAGAGAAAAAUGUGAAAAUUCUUCUGCAGUACUCAAUAUCUCUUCAUGAGGUUCUUCCAGCCAUACAACAUAUUUCAUUUAGUGGCAGAGGGAAACUGGAAAUGUUUUAAUUCCAUCUAAAAGUUUGAACACUGGUAGCUAGGAAAAUUUUGUAUCAAUUCAACUUUUGCAGUAAGAUCUGAUUUUUUUUUUUUUUGGGAGGAUGAAUUUUAUGAUCCUCCUGAUGGCUGACUACUAAAGAAUCACUUUGUAAUGAUGAUUUUUUGAUUUGCAACAAUGUAUUAAUUCCCUGUUUUCACAUGAUAAUUGUUCUGUU